GGGGCGGGGCCUGCUACAGCGUCGCCGGCUGACGCGAAUGACGCUGCGCCAGUCAGGCCGCAGCCCCGCUGCUUGGCCCGUCGGGCCCGCCUUGGCCGGCUCGGCCCGCCCCCGGCCCUCCCCGCACGGCCUCCCGUGCGCCCCUGUCAGACUGUGGCGGCCGGUCGCGCGGUGCGCUCUCCCUCCCUGCCCGCAGCCUGGAGAGGCGCUUCGUGCUGCACACCCCCGCGUUCCUGCCGGCACCGCGCCUGCCCUCUGCCGCGCUCCGCCCUGCCGCCGACCGCACGCCCGCCGCGGGACAUGGCACACGCACCGGCACGCUGCCCCAGCGCCCGGGGCUCCGGGGACGGCGAGAUGGGCAAGCCCAGGAACGUGGCGCUCAUCACCGGUAUCACAGGCCAGGAUGGUUCCUACCUGGCUGAGUUCCUGCUGGAGAAAGGCUAUGAGGUCCAUGGAAUUGUACGGCGGUCCAGUUCAUUUAAUACGGGUCGAAUUGAGCAUCUGUAUAAGAAUCCCCAGGCUCACAUUGAAGGAAACAUGAAGUUGCACUAUGGCGAUCUCACUGACAGUACCUGCCUUGUGAAGAUCAUUAAUGAAGUAAAGCCCACAGAGAUCUACAACCUUGGAGCCCAGAGCCACGUCAAAAUUUCCUUUGACCUCGCUGAGUACACUGCGGACGUUGACGGAGUUGGCACUCUACGACUUCUAGAUGCAGUGAAGACUUGCGGCCUUAUCAACUCUGUGAAGUUCUACCAAGCCUCAACAAGUGAACUUUAUGGCAAAGUGCAGGAAAUACCCCAGAAGGAGACCACCCCUUUCUAUCCCCGCUCACCCUAUGGGGCAGCAAAACUCUAUGCCUAUUGGAUUGUGGUGAACUUCCGUGAGGCGUAUAAUCUCUUUGCAGUGAAUGGCAUUCUCUUCAAUCAUGAGAGUCCCAGAAGAGGAGCUAAUUUCGUUACUCGAAAAAUUAGCCGGUCAGUAGCUAAGAUUUACCUUGGACAACUGGAAUGUUUCAGUUUGGGAAACCUGGAUGCCAAACGAGACUGGGGCCAUGCCAAGGACUAUGUGGAGGCUAUGUGGUUGAUGUUGCAAAAUGAUGAGCCAGAGGACUUCGUUAUAGCUACUGGGGAGGUCCAUAGUGUCCGGGAAUUUGUCGAGAAAUCAUUCUUGCACAUUGGAAAAACCAUUGUGUGGGAAGGAAAGAAUGAAAAUGAAGUGGGCAGAUGUAAAGAGACCGGCAAAGUUCACGUGACUGUGGACCUCAAGUACUACCGGCCAACUGAAGUGGACUUUCUGCAGGGCGACUGCACCAAAGCGAAACAGAAGCUGAACUGGAAGCCCCGGGUCGCUUUCGAUGAGCUGGUGAGGGAGAUGGUGCACGCCGACGUGGAGCUCAUGAGGACAAACCCCAAUGCCUGAGCAGCGCCGCGGAGCCCGGCCCGCCCUCCGGCUACAAUCCCCGUGGAGUCGCUGGUGCAGACGCGCUGUGGGGAUGGGGAGGGGCGUGCCAAUCUGCGGGUCCCCUGCGGCCCCUGCUGCCGCUGCGCUGUCCCGGCCGCAGGAGCGGGGCCGCCCCGCCGAGGUUUGUAGCAGCCGGGAUGUGACCCUCCAGGGUUUGGGUCGCUUUGCUUUUGUCGAAGCCUCCUCUGAAUGGCUUUGUGAAAUCAAGAUGUUUUAAUCACAUUCACUUUACUUGAAAUUAUGUUGUUAGACAACAAACUGUGGGGCCUUCAAAUUGUUUUUCUCUUUUCAUAUUAAAAAUGGUCUUUCUGUGAACUAGCA